UUGUGCUCCAUUCUGUUUUGACAGUUGUGACCAGGGAGACUUGUGUAGUCUCCAUGGUUGUGACAGUGACAUUAAUGACAAUUCAUAUUUGUGAAGGUUAUUUUAGAGAUUCCAGGAAAAAUCCUAGGGAUGGCUACAUUAAUAAAGGAUAUAAAGUUGCAAGACAAUAUUCCAAAUAAUAUUCUCUUCGAGAAGCAUAUUGAAUUUAUAAAGGAAUACGGUCAAGAUGAAAACAAUUACGAAUAUGGUAUGACAGACUACUUACGUAUAUCGGGCAUGUAUUGGGGUUUAACAGCAUUAGAAUUGAUGAAUACUUUGCCAUCGCAUACGUUAGAAAAGGUUACCGGAUAUAUUAAACAGUGCCAAGAUCCAGAAACUGGUGGCAUAAGCGCCUGCAUUGGGCACGAUCCUCACUUACUUCACACAUUAAGUGCAGUUCAAAUCUUAUGUAUUUACAACAACUUGGAUGCCAUAGAUACGAAGGGUGUUGUGAAAUAUGUUAAAAGUUUACAGUUACCCGACGGUAGUUUCCAAGGUGACAAAUGGGGUGAAAUAGACACUAGAUUUUCAUUUUGUGCUGUUGCAACCCUAUCACUUCUUAAAAGAAUGGAUGCGAUAGAUGUUCAUAAAGCCGUAGAUUUUGUAGCUUCUUGUAAGAAUUUCGAUGGUGGAUUUGGAUCAAGGCCUCUUUCAGAGAGCCAUGCGGGUUUAAUAUAUUGCUGUGUGGGAUUUCUAUCUAUUACCAACAGAUUAGACAUAGUCGACCGAGAUACACUUGCCUGGUGGUUAUGUGAACGUCAGUUACCGUCUGGAGGGUUAAACGGAAGACCUGAAAAAUUGCCCGAUGUGUGUUACUCCUGGUGGGUACUUUCUUCUCUCACCAUCCUGGGUAGACUGCAUUGGAUUGAUGGAAACGCCCUGAAAACGUUUAUUUUAGCAUGCCAAGACACUGAAACUGGCGGCUUUGCAGAUAGACCUGGGGAUGUUGCAGAUCCCUAUCACACCUUAUUCGGACUUGCCGCGUUGUCACUCUUAGGGCACGACACUGUGCAAAAAGUCAAUCCUACGUAUUGUAUGCCACAGCACGUUAUCGACAGGUUGCAACUUAAACCUCAAAUUUUAACCAAUUGAAUAUUGAGCUGCAGAACAAAGUCAGAAUUACCCAAAGAUGUACCUAACUCAAGCUGUAAACAAUUUCGUAAGAAUCAUUCCUUAUAUCACUGUGUAAUAUCUCUGUAAAUCUUUUUUUAUAUUAUCUCGUUUAAUAUUGUAGUAAAAUUUAUUUAGUUAUCGAGUUUUUCGCAAACGAGAGUAAUUGAAACGUUUAUAUUGCACCUACAUGAGUAGUAUUAUUUAUGUUUCACUUUAUUGUUAUACUGUACUAUGUGAAAUUUAUAAAAAAUAAAUAUUCUUUUUAAUAAUA